CUCAACACAUUUCAUCUCCAGCGCACCCUCGGCACAGGGUCCUUUGGCCGUGUCCAUCUGGUCCAAUCCAAGUUCAACCAGAAAUUCUAUGCAUUGAAGGUUCUUAAAAAAGCCGAUGUAGUCCGAUCCAAGCAGGUCGAACACACACGCAAUGAAAGAUCAAUUCUGAUGAGCAUUUCCCAUCCCUUCCUGAUCAACCUCUGGGACACUUUCCAAGACGAUGCCAACCUUUACAUGGUAAUGGAUUAUGUUCCGGGUGGAGAACUCUUUAGUGUUCUUCGCAAAAGUAAGCGAUUCUCAGAAAACAUUGCACGAUUCUACGCUGCAGAGGUCCUUCUGGGUCUUGUUUACCUUCACAACAAGGAUAUUAUCUAUCGGGAUCUGAAGCCAGAGAAUAUCCUAUUGGAUUCUGAAGGAAACAUCAAAAUUACUGAUUUUGGAUUUGCUAAGCAUGUCGUGGAUGUAACCUGGACCCUGUGCGGAACACCGGACUAUUUAGCACCUGAAAUAAUUCAGUCAAAGGGGUACGGAAAGCCAGCCGAUUAUUGGUCGUUUGGUGUCCUGAUUUAUGAGAUGCUUGUAGGGAGUGCACCAUUUUACGACGAGAACCAAUUUAAACUAUAUGAAAAGAUCGUAGCUUGCAAGCCGGUCUAUCCAAGUUACUUUAGCGCUAGUGCAAAGGACUUGCUGUCUCACUUGUUAACCAAGGAUCUAUCAAAUCGGUUUGGUAAUCUCAAACGUGGGUGUAGUGACAUAAUCGAACAUCCAUGGUUCCAGCCAAUGGAUUUUGAAAAACUGAUCCACCGAAAGAUCACACCUCCUUAUAUCCCGAAAUUGCAGGGUGAAGGGGAUACUAGUAACUUUGACAAGUACCCAGAAGAAACGGUGCCCUAUGGACUGGCCCAGGCAGACCCACAUCGUCAUUUGUUUCCAGAAUUC